CAGUCCCGGAGCCUGGAAGCAGCCGCAGCUUCUCGCACCCCAACUCCAGCACCAACCCGGAUCUGGCCCCGGACCUACAGUCUCUCCAGCGGCGGCGCAGGGAGCAGGAUUCCCUGCACUAACUUCGUCUGCGCGGCUCCGCCAGCCCCGGGAGCUCCGAGUGAGCCUCUACAAACUCCAUCUGCUGCACCUGCCACCCCUGAGUCAGCCGGGGAGCCCGAGUGAACCAUGGCCAACGCGGGGCUGCAACUACUGGGCUUCAUCCUGGCCUUCCUGGGCUGGAUUGGAGCCAUAGUGAGUACAGCGAUGCCCCAGUGGAAGGUUCACUCCUAUGCGGGCGACAACAUCGUGACAGCCCAGUCCAUCUACGAGGGGCUUUGGAUGUCCUGCGUGUCGCAGAGUACGGGGCAGAUCCAGUGCAAAGUCUUCGACUCCCUGCUGAAUCUGAACAGCACUUUACAAGCAACCCGUGCCUUGAUGGUGGUUGGCAUCCUGUUGGGACUAAUAGCUAUCUUUGUGGCCACUAUUGGCAUGAAGUGUAUGAAGUGCCUGGAAGAUGAUGAGGUCCAGAAGAUGCGGAUGGCUGUCAUUGGAGGCGUGAUAUUUCUUACGGCAGGUCUGGCUGCUUUAGUUGCCACAGCAUGGUAUGGCCAUAGAAUUGUUCAAGAAUUCUAUGACCCCAUGACCCCAGUCAAUGCCAGGUAUGAAUUUGGUCCAGCUCUCUUCACUGGCUGGGCUGCUGCUUCUCUCUGCAUUCUGGGAGGUGCCCUACUUUGCUGCUCCUGUCCCCGAAAAACAACAUCUUACCCAACACCACGGCCAUAUCCCAAACCUGCACCUUCCAGUGGGAAGGAUUACGUGUGACACAGAAGCAAAACGAGACAACCCUGGAGCAAGCAGAAAAUGGACACUGAGAUGCUGUCACUGACUUAAAGACCUUGAACUUUGACUAUUGUUCUGAACUGUGGUGUUACUAAAAAAAACAAACAAA